AUCAUGACCUUUAAAAUGAAAUACAAAUAUCGUUUUCGAACACCAUUAAUCAUAAUAUUAACUUCUUUAUUCUGGAUAUUUAUUGAUGUAUUUCUUAUCACGAUUUUUACCGAUAAAGCUCCUUAUUGCAUAAAUUUUAAGAAGGAACUAAAUUAUUCAAAGCGAUUUAAUCCACUUUUCAGUGUUGACGUGAACCCAAAGAUAAUUCCAAAUUUAGCUCUAUCAUAUUCCUCUUCUUCCUCGAACGCUCAUAAAGAUGCUACUACUACCAAAAACAAAUCGCGCUCAUUCAAAACGAUACAAGUUUUUAAUUUAGACCUGGCUAGCGACAGGAACAAAGCUAUGAAGGUUUACGGUGCGGGCGCGUUUGGAUUCCCUGUUCAAGUGCCCGAGAAUUUAAAAUCUCAAGAAAAGACCAAAUUUUCCCUCAAUCAAUUCAACCUGGUGGCUAGUGAGAUGAUUCCACUCAACAGAACUCUCAAGGAUUAUAGGAUUCCUGGCUGCGCUACCAAGCAAUAUCCAGUGGCGGAUCUACCGCCCACGACCGUCAUAAUAGUAUUCCACAACGAGGCUUGGACAACUUUACUUAGAACCAUUAUCAGCGUCAUCAACAGAUCUCCCCCACAUCUUCUAGCUGGAUUUGUUUUGGUCGACGAUGCUAGCGAUAGAGACGUUAUCAAAAGGCCAUUAGACGACUUUCUUGAUACUCUUAGAUCCAAAGUAGACAUAAAAAUAGAGAGACUACAGAAUCGAUCGGGCCUCAUAAAGGCCCGCCUUAUAGGGGCGGAUUUAGCCAAAGGACCCGUAUUAACAUUUUUAGACGCCCAUUGCGAAGUUACCAUAGGAUGGCUAGAACCUUUACUUUAUCAAAUUUAUCUCAACAAAAGCACGGCAUCAAUGCCCAUAAUAGAUGUGAUAAGCGACGACACGUUUGAGUACGUAGCAGCCUCGGAUAUGACUUGGGGUGGUUUUAAUUGGCACCUCAAUUUUAGGUGGUAUAACGCACCCCGUAGGGAAUUGGAUCGAAGGAAUGGAGAUAGAACUAUUCCUUUGAGGUCUCCCACAAUGGCUGGCGGCCUUUUUUCUAUCGACAAAGAAUAUUUCAAUCAUAUCGGUCGUUACGAUUCAGGGAUGGAAGUUUGGGGAGGCGAAAAUUUGGAAAUGUCUUUUCGAAUCUGGAUGUGCGGGGGUACCAUCGAACUCGUAACUUGUUCAAGAGUGGGCCACGUAUUUCGCAAAACCAGCCCUUACUCCUUCCCAGGCGGCGUCAACAUGGUUAUCAAUAAAAAUCAGAGGCGGACGGCCGAGGUGUGGCUCGAUGAAUGGAAAAGUUUCUUCUACAAAAUCAGCCCCUCAACUUUAACCGUAGAUGCUGGAGAUUUGACGGAAAGGUUUCAAUUGAGAGAGAGACUCAAAUGCAAAUCUUUCAAGUGGUAUUUGGAGAAUAUUUACCCGGAAGCGCAAAUGCCUAGACAAUUUAUCUCUUUGGGAGAGAUAAGACAAAGUUCCCUUAAUAUGUGUAUUGAUACGAUGGGUCGAAAAUUAUUGGAAAACGUUGGCUUAUUCACUUGCCACGACCAAGGAGGAAAUCAAGUAUUUAUGUAUAGUCCGGAAAAGUUGAUUUCAAAUGACGACGUAUGCCUACAACCCGAUGAUAAUAAUAAAUUUUUAAUUAUGAACUCCUGUGAUUCAACCGUUAAACUUCAACAAUGGAUAUAUGAUAAAGAGAGCAAACUAUUACUGAAUUCGGGGAGUGGAUUAUGCGCAACCAUACACGUUAAUUCAUAUGACAAAAUACCGAUGCAACAGUGUGACAAAAAAGACGAUCUUCAAAAAUGGCAAUUUGUUAACCUUUCUUUAUAGCCUUGACAUUACAUGCCAGCUUUUUAUGCUCGAAAGAAUUGAGUUUUAUCACGUGAUCGAUGAUUAUAUAUAUAAUUUAAAAAAUUAUAAAAAAAUGCUCUCGGAAAGUCGCUAAGCUCAAACUUAUUUAAUAAAAUAAAAGAUUCCAUAAUUUUCAUUCCCGAAAUUUAUUAUUUACUUUGAGUUUUUAAAUCAAAAUAUAGAUUUUUUAACGUUUCCUUAAGGUGCUGUAAAAAGUUUAAAUUUAGUAAAUGAGGCCUGAUAAAUGUAUAAAAUAUAAGUAACUUAAUGUAAUAUAAAGAAGACCAUAUAAGGUGCUGUAAAAAGAUUAAAUUUAGUAAAUAAGGUCUGAUAAAAGUAUAAAAUAUAAGUAACUUAAUGUAAUAUAAAAACCAUAUAUAUUUUAGUAUUAUUGUACACACUGUUAUAUAUGCCUGGAUCACUUGCACCCAUUUAUAUUUAUUAUAUGUAUAAUACAUACGUAUUUUGCAAAAACACUUAUUUAUUUAAAUAUUGAUUAAAUGAACAUAAUUAUAUGAUUAUGGAUUUACUUUUUAUUUAUUAUUAAACAAACUCGGUGAGUAUUAUAAAUUCUAACUUUUUAAACUUAGAUGUUAGACAUUCGCAUUUAUAUUAUAAUUUUAUUAAAUAUAUUUUUUUAUACAAAUAUAUUAUAUUCUUUAAGACAUUUUUUAUAGCCUAUUUUUUUCCUAACUGUAUCUCGUAUAAAUCUCUGUAU